AUGGCCCUGGUUGGGGCUCUGGCCACCGCGCUGGCUCUGUGUUUGGCCACGCUGGGGCCGAUGUCCCCUGGGGCCCGGGCGGGGGACUGCAAGGGGCAGCGGCAAGUGCUGCAGGAGGCCCCAGGCUUCGUGACGGAUGGUGCGGGCAACUACAGCGUCAAUGGCAAUUGCGAGUGGCUCAUCGAGGCACCCAGUCCCCAGCACCGGAUCCUGCUGGACUUCCUUUUCCUUGACACGGAGUGCACGUAUGACUACCUGUUCGUGUAUGACGGUGACUCCCCCCGAGGGCCCCUGCUUGCCAGUCUGAGUGGGAGCACCCGACCCCCACCCAUCGAGGCUUCCUCUGGCAAGAUGCUGCUGCACCUCUUCAGCGAUGCCAACUACAACCUGCUGGGCUUCAAUGCCUCCUUCCGCUUCUCCCUUUGCCCUGGGGGCUGCCGCAACCAUGGGCAGUGCCGGUCCCCGGGGGUGUGUGCCUGCGAGCCAGGUUGGGGGGGCCCUGACUGUGGCCUGCAGGAGUGUUCAGCCUACUGUGGCAGCCAUGGCACCUGUGCCUCGCCCCUGGGACCGUGCCGCUGUGAGCCUGGCUUUCUGGGACGUGCCUGUGACCUGCACCUGUGGGAGAACCAGGGGGCUGGCUGGUGGCACAAUGUGAGUGCCGGGGACCCUGCCUUCCCUGCCCGUGUCGGGGCAGCCGGUGCCUUCCUGUCCCCACCAGGGCUGUUGGCUGUGUUUGGAGGCCAGGACCUCAACAGCGCCCUGGGUGACCUCGUGCUGUAUAACUUCUCUGCCAACACCUGGGAGCGCUGGGACCUGAGCCCUGCCCCGGCUGCCCGUCACUCCCAUGUGGCUGUGGCCUGGGCCGGCUCCCUGGUGUUGAUGGGCGGUGAGCUGGCUGACGGCUCCCUCACUAGCGACGUGUGGGCCUUUAGCCCGCUGGGCGGGGGCCACUGGGAGCAACUGGCACCACCUGCUUCUGGUUCCGCGGGGCCGCCCGGCCUGGCAGGUCACGCAGCUGCCUUAGUGGACAACGUCUGGCUCUAUGUGUCUGGUGGCCGCACCCAGCACGACCUCUUCUCCUCCGGCCUCUUCCGUUUCCGCCUUGACAGCGCCAGUGGGGGCUAUUGGGAGCAGGUGGUUCCGGCUGGUGGGCGGCCCCCUGCCGCCACCGGCCACUCCAUGGUGUUUCACGCCCCAUCUCGAGCCCUGCUGGUUCAUGGUGGACACCGGCCCUCCACUGCCCGGUUCUCUGUGCGAGUGAACUCCACGGAGCUCUUCCAUGUGGACCGGCGAGUAUGGACCACCCUGAAGGGCCGGGAUGGGCUGCAGGGCCCACGGGAGCGGGCCUUCCACACGGCCAGUGUCCUGGGCAACUACAUGGUGGUCUAUGGAGGCAAUGUGCACACCCAUUACCAGGAGGAAAAGUGCUAUGAGGAUGGCAUCUUCUUCUACCACCUGGGCUGCCAUCAGUGGGUGUCAGGGGCUGAGCUUGCCCCGCCAGGAACGCCUGAGGGCCGAGCAGCACCUCCCAGUGGACGGUAUUCACAUGUGGCGGCUGUGCUUGGUGGCAGUGUCCUGUUGGUGGCUGGUGGGUACAGUGGCCGGCCCCGUGGGGAUUUGAUGGCCUACAAGGUGCCCCCCUUUGUGUUCCAGGCGCCUGCCCCCGACUAUCAUUUGGACUAUUGUUCCAUGUACACGGACCACAGUGUCUGCUCUCGAGACCCGGAAUGCAGUUGGUGUCAGGGGUCCUGCCAAGCCGCACUGCCUCCUGGGACCCCCUCGGGGGCUUGUCUGGCUGCCAGCUGCCUGGGCCUGGGGCGCCUCCUGGCUGACUGCCAGGCCUGCCUGGCCUUCAGCAGCCCUGCAGCUCCUCCCCGGGGACCUGGUGCCCUGGGCUGGUGCGUGCACAAUGAGAGCUGCCUCCCUCGGCCUGAGCAGGCCCACUGCCGAGGAGAGCAGAUCUCAGGCACCGUGGGCUGGUGGGGGCCUGCACCUGUCUUCGUCACAUCCUUGGAGGCCUGUGUCACCCAGAGCUUCCUGCCUGGCCUGCACCUCCUCACCUUCCAACAGCCACCCAACGCCUCUCAGCCUGACAAGGUCUUGAUUGUCCGCAGCACAACCAUCACCCUGACACCCAGUCCAGAGACCGACGUAUCACUGGUCUAUCGUGGCUUCAUCCACCCACUGCUUCCGGGAGGGCCCGGCGGGCCAGGGGCUGAGGACGUGGCUGUGUGGGCCCGGGCCCAGCGUCUACACGUCCUGGCCCGGAUGGCCCGUGGCCCUGACCCAGAGAGCAUGGAGGAAGUGGGGCGCUGGGUGGCGCAGCAGGAGAAAGAGAUAAGGCGGCUACAGCGCCCAGGAUCUGCUCGUCUCUUCCCACUGCCUGGCCGGGGCCACAAAUAUGCGGUGGAGAUCCGGGGCCAGCUCAAUGGCUCGGCAGGCCCAGGGCACAGCGAGCUCACACUGCUGUGGGACCGGACUGGUGUGCCAGGUGGCAGUGAGAUCUCCUUCUUCUUCCUGGAACCCUACCGCUCCACGGCCUGCGCCUCCUACUCCUCCUGCCUGGGCUGCCUGGCGGACCAGGGCUGCGGCUGGUGCCUGGCCAGCUCCACCUGCCACCUGCGCCAGAGUGGGGCUCACUGCACGGACGGUGGGGCCCGCGGGUCCUUGCUGGUGCUGGUGCCUGCCCUCUGCCCGCUCUGUGAGGAGCAUCGUGACUGCCACGCCUGUACCCAGGACCCCUACUGUGAGUGGCAUCAGAGCACCAACCGCAAAGGGGACGCAGCAUGCAGCCGGCGAGGCCGGGGUCAUGGUGCCCUGAAGAGCCCAGCGGCGUGUCCCCCGCUCUGCAGCCAGCGCCUGACCUGUGACGACUGCUUGGCCAACUCAAGCCAGUGUGCCUGGUGCCAGUCCACCCACACCUGCUUUCUGUUUGCUGCCUACUUGGCCCGGUACCCGUAUGGGGGCUGCCGAGGCUGGGAUGACAGUGUGCACUCGGAGCCCCGGUGCCGGAGCUGUGACCGCUUCCAGACCUGCCACGAGUGUCUGCAGAGCCAUGAGUGCGGCUGGUGCGGCAAUGAGGACAACCCCACACUGGGGCGGUGCCUCCAGGGGGACUUCUCAGGGCCCCUUGGUGGGGGUAACUGCUCCCUGUGGGUGGGGGAGGGCCUGGGGCUGUCCGUGGCCCUCCCUGCCCGCUGGGCGUAUGCCCGCUGUCCUGACGUGGAUGAGUGUCGCCUGGGCCUGGCACGGUGCCACCUGCGGGCGACCUGCCUGAACACGCCCCUCAGCUACGAGUGUCACUGCCAGCGCGGUUACCAGGGUGAUGGCAUCACAUACUGCAAUCGCACGUGCCUGGAGGACUGCGGCCAUGGUGUGUGCAGUGGACCCCCUGACUUCACCUGUGUGUGUGACCUGGGCUGGACAUCGGACCUGCCCCCGCCCACACCUGCCCCGGGGCCCCCCGGCCCCCGCUGCUCCAGAGACUGUGGCUGCAACUUCCACAGCCAUUGCCGAAAGCGGGGGCCUGGCUUCUGCGAUGAGUGCCAGGACUGGACCUGGGGGGAGCACUGCGAACGGUGCCGGCCCGGCAGCUUUGGCAACGCCACGGGCUCAGGCGGCUGCCGGCCCUGCCAGUGCAACGGGCACGGGGACCCACGCCGCGGCCACUGCGACAACCUCAGCGGGCUCUGCUUCUGCCAGGACCACACCGAAGGUGCCCACUGCCAACUCUGCAUCCCUGGCUACUAUGGGGACCCCCGGGCCGGUGGCUCCUGCUUCCGGGAGUGUGGGGGCCGCGCCCUCCUCACCAACGUGUCCUCAGUGGCACUGGGCUCACGCCGGGUUGGGGGGCUGCUGCCUCCAGGUGGCGGGGCAGUGAGAGCUGGGCCAGGCCUUUCAUAUUGUGUGUGGGUUGUCUCGGCCACUGAGGUGCUACAGCCCUGUGCUCCUGGGACCCUCUGUCCCCCGCUCACCCUCACCUUCUCCCCCGACAGCAGCACCCCCUGCACGCUGAGCUACGUGCUGGCCUUUGACGGCUUCCCACGCUUCCUGGACACUGGUGUUGUGCAGUCGGACCGGAGCCUCAUUGCUGCCUUCUGCGGCCAGCGGCGGGACAGGCCCCUCACUGUGCAGGCCCUAUCCGGGCUGCUCGUGUUGCACUGGGAGGCCAACGGCUCCUCGUCCUGGGGCUUCAACGCUUCCGUGGGCUCUGCCCGCUGUGGGUCAGGAGGCCCUGGCAGCUGCCCUGUCCCCCAGGAGUGUGUGCCCCAGGAUGGGGCUGCAGGUGCUGGCCUCUGCCGCUGUCCCCAGGGCUGGGCUGGCCCACACUGUCGCAUGGCUCUGUGUCCUGAAAACUGCAAUGCCCACAACGGGGCAGGCACCUGUAACCAGAGUCUGGGCGUGUGCAUCUGUGCUGAGGGCUUCGGGGGCCCCGACUGCGCCACGAAGCUGGACGGUGGCCAGCUGGUCUGGGAGACCCUCAUGGACAGCCGCCUCUCAGCUGACACUGCUAGCCGCUUCCUGCACCGCCUGGGGCACACCAUGGUGGAGGGACCUGAUGCCACCCUGUGGAUGUUUGGGGGCCUGGGCCUCCCCCAGGGGCUGCUGGGAAACCUGUACAGGUACUCCGUGAGUGAGUGGAGGUGGACACAGAUGCUGGCAGGAGCUGAGGACGGGGGCCCGGGCCCCUCACCCCGUUCCUUCCAUGCCGCUGCCUAUGUGCCCGCUGGCCGAGGUGCCAUGUACCUGAUGGGGGGGCUCACAGCUGGGGGCAUCGCCCGAGACUUCUGGGUCCUCAACCUCACCACCCUACAGUGGCGGCAGGAGAAGGCCCCUCAGACUGUGGAACUUCCAGCUGUCGCUGGUCACACCCUCACUGCGCGCAGAGGCCUGUCUCUGCUCCUGGUGGGCGGUUACUCUCCUGAAAAUGGCUUCAACCAGCAGCUGCUCGAGUACCAGCUGGCGACUGGCACCUGGGUGUCCGGAGCUCAGAGUGGGACACCCCCCACAGGUCUCUAUGGUCAUUCUGCCGUGUACCACGAGGCCACCGACUCUCUCUACGUGUUUGGGGGUUUCCGCUUCCACGUGGAGCUGGCGGCCCCAUCCCCCGAGCUCUACUCCCUGCACUGUCCUGACCGAACCUGGAGCCUGCUGGCCCCUUCUCAGGGGGCAAAGCCCCGCCCCCGACUUUUCCACGCCUCAGCGCUGCUAGGGGACACCAUGGUGGUCCUGGGGGGCCGCUCGGACCCUGAUGAGUUCAGCAGUGAUGUGCUGCUCUACCAGGUCAACUGCAACUCUUGGCUGCUGCCUGACCUCACCCGCCAGGCCUCUGUGGGGCCCCCGAUGGAGGAGUCUGUGGCCCAUGCUGUGGCGGCGGUGGGGGGCCGCCUGUACAUCUCAGGGGGCUUUGGGGGAGUGGCCCUGGGCCGCCUGCUGGCCUUGACCAUGCCCCCCGACCCCUGUCGCCUGCUGCCCUCACCUGAAGCUUGUAACCAGUCUGGGGCCUGCAGCUGGUGCCAUGGGGUCUGCUUGUCUGGAGACCAGGCUCACAGGCUGGGCUGUGGGGCACCCGCUUGCUCCCCAAUGCCUCAUUCCCCUGAGGAAUGCCGACGCCUCCGGACCUGCAGUGAGUGCCUUGCCCGCCAUCCCCGGACCCUGCAGCCUGGAGAUGGAGAGGCAUCUGUCCCCCGCUGUAAGUGGUGUACCAACUGUCCCGAGGGUGCCUGCAUUGGGCGCAACGGGUCCUGCACCUCAGAGAAUGACUGUCGGAUCAAUCAGCGAGAGGUCUUCUGGGCAGGGAACUGCUCAGAGGCUGCGUGUGGGGCUGCCGACUGUGAGCAGUGUACCAGGGAGGGCAAGUGCAUGUGGACACGGCAGUUCAAGAGGACAGGGGAGACCCGCCGCAUCCUCUCCGUGCAGCCCACCUACGACUGGACAUGCUUCAGCCACUCUCUGCUGAACGUGUCCCCAAUGCCGGUGGAAUCAUCGCCCCCACUGCCCUGCCCCACUCCCUGUCACCUCCUGCCCAACUGUACCUCCUGUCUGGACUCCAAGGGUGCGGACGGGGGCUGGCAACACUGUGUCUGGAGCAGCAGUCUCCAACAGUGUCUGAGCCCCUCGUACCUGCCCCUGCGAUGUAUGGCUGGAGGCUGUGGGCGGCUGCUCCGAGGGCCCGAGAGCUGCUCCCUGGGCUGUGCUCAGGCAACCCAGUGCGCCCUGUGCCUGCGGCGCCCCCACUGUGGCUGGUGUGCCUGGGGGGGCCAGGAUGGGGGUGGCCGCUGCCUGGAGGGUGGACUCAGCGGCCCCCGUGAUGGGCUGACGUGCGGGCGUCCUGGGGCCUCCUGGGCCUUCUUGUCCUGCCCCCCUGAGGACGAGUGUGCAAACGGGCACCAUGACUGCAAUGACACACAGAACUGCCAUGACCAGCCCCACGGUUAUGAGUGCAGCUGCAAGACAGGCUACCUCAUGGACAAUGUCACAGGGCUGUGCCGCCCCGUGUGCGCCCAGGGCUGUGUGAAUGGCUCCUGCGUGGAGCCUGACCACUGCCGCUGCCACUUCGGCUUUGUCGGACGGAAUUGCUCCACGGAGUGUCGCUGCAACCGCCACAGCGAGUGCGCCGGCGUGGGGGCCCGGGACCACUGCCUGCUCUGCCGCAACCACACCAAGGGCAGCCACUGUGAGCAGUGCCUCCCGCUGUUCGUGGGUUCUGCCGUGGGGGGCGGGACCUGCCGGCCCUGCCACACCUUCUGUCGUGGCAACAGCCACGUCUGUGUCUCCAGGAAGGAGCUGGACAUGGCGAGGAGGGAGCCGGAGAAGUACUCCCUGAACCCCGAGGAGAUUGAAAACUGGGUGACGGAGGGUCCCAGCGAAGACGAGGCUGUGUGUGUGAACUGCCAGAAUAACAGCUACGGGGACAAAUGUGAGAGCUGCCUCCACGGUUACUUCCUCCUGGAUGGCAAGUGCACCAAAUGCCAGUGUAAUGGCCAUGCGGACACCUGCAACGAGCAGGACGGGACAGGCUGCCCGUGUCAGAACAACACAGAAACGGGUACCUGCCAGGGGAGCUCCCCCAGUGACCGCCGAGACUGCUACAAGUACCAGUGCGCCAAGUGCCGGGAGUCAUUCCACGGGAGCCCGCUGGGCGGCCAGCAGUGCUAUCGCCUCAUCUCUGUGGAGCAGGAGUGCUGCCUGGACCCCACAUCCCAGACCAACUGCUUCCACGAGCCCAAGCGCCGGGCCCUGGGCCCGGGCCGCACGGUGCUCUUUGGUGUGCAGCCCAAGUUCACCAACGUGGACAUCCGCCUGACGCUGGAUGUGACCUUCGGGGCCGUGGACCUCUACGUCUCCACCUCCUACGACACCUUUGUGGUCCGCGUGGCCCCCGACACGGGUGUCCACACAGUGCACAUCCAGCCGCCCCCGCCCCCACCGCCGCCCCCGCCCCCUGCGGAAGGCGGGCCCCGGGGGGCCGUGGAUCUGGGGGGACCGGGGGCCGGGAGUGGGCCGGGCACCCCGAUGGAGCCACGGGUGCGGGAGGUGUGGCCGCGGGGCCUGAUCACCUACGUGACCGUGACGGAGCCGUCGGCGGUGCUGGUGGUUCACAGUGUGCGGGACAGACUGGUCAUCACCUACCCCCACGAGCACCACGCCCUCAAGUCCAGCCGCUUCUACCUGCUCCUGCUGGGCGUGGGAGACCCGAGUGGGCCUGGCGCCAACGGUUCGGCUGACUCGCAGGGCCUGCUCUUCUUCCGGCAGGACCAGGCCCACAUUGACCUGUUCGUCUUCUUCUCCGUCUUCUUCUCCUGCUUCUUCCUCUUCCUCUCCCUCUGUGUGCUCCUCUGGAAGGCCAAGCAGGCCCUGGACCAGCGGCAGGAGCAGCGCCGGCACCUGCAAGAGAUGACCAAGAUGGCCAGCCGCCCCUUUGCCAAGGUCACCGUCUGCUUCCCGCCCGACCCUGCUGCCCCGAUUCCUGCCUGGAAGCCGGCCGGACUCCCACCACCCGCCUUCCGCCGCUCUGAGCCUUUCCUGGCACCCCUGCUGCUGACGGGGGCUGGCGGGCCCUGGGGACCCGUGGGAGGGGGCUGCUGCCCACCAGCCAUCCCCACCACCACCGCCGGCCUGCGAGCCGGGCCCAUCACCCUGGAGCCCACGGAAGAUGGCAUGGCAGGCGUGGCCACGCUGCUGCUCCAGCUGCCUGGCGGGCCCCACGCACCCAACGGGGCCUGCCUGGGCUCGGCCCUGGUCACGCUGCGGCACAGGCUGCACGAAUACUGUGGGGGCGGUGGGGGUGCCGGGGGCAGUGGCCACGGGGCUGGUGUAGGUCGGAAGGGCCUGUUGAGCCAGGACAAUCUCACCAGCAUGUCCCUCUGA